AUGUUCGCUGCACGACAGAGGGCAGGCCAGAUUGCCCGGCAGCUUCCGCGGACAGCUCGCACCUACGCAUCCGACGCCCAUGGCCACCACAAGGCCGCCGAGGUUAACGAGUCUUUCGGGAAAGGCUCCAUCGCCACCGUUGCCGCCUUCUUCGGAGGUGUCUUGUUAUAUCAGUUUGCCCCCAAGCAGGGCGAGGACUCAUCCGUCUCCAGCCUGAUCAAUAAGUAUCUCUCGCGCAAGGAGGACUGGGAGGAGACCAAUGCCCUGCACACCAGGGCUAUGGAACAGGCUGGGUUCGACCGAAACCUCUUCGAGAACGCCUCCAACCAGCACAGAUUCGUUGACGUUUCGUACCCUGAGGCUUUCCAAUCUCACGCUCCCAGGAAUAUUCAGGCCGGUCAUCUUGUGAACUUGGACCAUGUGGUGGAGCACUAUAAGCAGAAGCACCUCCAGGACGAGGAGAGGAAAGCGAGGAAAUUGGCCGAGCAGAAGGCGUAG